AUGGCAAGGCUCAACACAGCCAACCCGCUCGUCAAACACACACCUCACAAAGACACUGUUGCACGUACCCUAAGAACAUCCCAUAACAGCCCACUGUCCAGAGAGUCAUGUCUCAAUUUCAGAAACACAGCCAAGCACAAUAUGCUCACCAAGCCGGAAAGCCAGUCGCGACGGCAAGCAAAUUGUUCAAGUGGAUCAUUUGAAAUAUUUCCCGACAGUGAUUCGACAUCGGAAAGUGAAUUUGGACAGCACAGGUCCACCGGAAAACAACAAAAGCAACGAACACUAGGACUCGCACGUGUGAACUCGUUACUCCUACCAGCAAAGCGGAUACCACGUCCAGCCAUCCGAAGGGAGACUGAAGAUUAUGACAAGGAGAAUGACGUGCCGGAAUACGCCACAGAUGGAUACCGAACUCCAGAUUCAACACCAACAAGGCCAAAUGCCUCACAGGCACCCACAAGAAACAGGAUGGAUUAUGUUGCCACGACACAGCCAGUGAUUGACCGGCAAGAAGAGCAAGAGGAGCAGGAAGUCAGCUUUGAAGAAGAAGAUAGCUCUGACUCACUGGAUGGGUUCAUUGUCAGCGACAAUGACGAGCCUAGCUUCUUUGAGACAUCGGAUUCUGAGACAGCCGACACAGAAGACGAACCUAGCCCGGCUCCCUCGCCUGUCAGGUCACCAAGGAAAAGACUCAUGCGUGGAAGAAGACCAAUAUCAGAAGCAGAAUCAAACACUACUGCAGAUGAGGAGCCAACAAUGGAAGCGACGAAGUUGGAGACAGAGCUGGACCGAUCAAUUGAGAAAUCAAAAGCAGUCGCCCCGGCACUUGAAGACUGCACACCAGAUCCGGCAAGCAGUAUCAAAUCCACAUCCCCUACCCGUAGGGCAGAAACACCUAAGUCACAGCUUGAUUCAAGCUAUCCUCCUCAUUUUGGCCUCCACGACUCCAACGACCUUAUCCAACACCUUGAGGAUCUUGGUCUGGACAGCGACAAUGAGUCUACAUCACAAACACAGCCAGAACAGUCCAACUCAGAAUCAGAGACUGAACUACCAUCAAAACCCUACUCAAGCCGAUCACACUUACCACCAGUGACACCCUCGCGUGCGAAUCCUCACUUUUCUCUCAAUCGCUCUAUCACAUCGGUUGAUAGCUCACUAGGUAUGGGUAUUCCCACCACUAUAAAGGCCCAGAAAAAGGCCGAGGCAGCGCGGAAACGCGAGAUUCGAGCCCAACUGGCUGAAUUCAAUCAAAAGAAGAUCGGCUUUGCCGAAGAGUUCCUGCGACACCUUGACAAUGCCUUCAAUGACCAGAUUAGUCGUAUGACCGAGGAAACCGGCGGCAUAAAAAUCAUCUGGACAAAGAACUUUAGAAACACCGCCGGCCGGGCGACCGUACGUUCAGAGGCGCUCCUGAAAGGAGCAGCCGGCAUGGAAGAACCCGGGAAACGGCGUUACUGUGCCACCAUUGAGCUCUCCGAGAAAGUCCUGGACACUGAGGACAAGAUCCUCUGUACUCUGACACACGAGUACUGCCACCUCCUCGAUAUCAUGGUCACUGAAAACAGGGCCAAGGGUGCGGCGCAGCACGGUGCCAGCUUCAAGCAAUGGGGUGCCCGAUGCGUCCGCGCACUAGAAGGCCACCCUAUUUACGGGGGCCGGGUCGAAGUCACAACCAAGCAUACCUAUGAGAUCAACCACAAAUACAUCUGGGCCUGCAAGGUCCAGGGUUGCGAUUUCAAGGUCGGGCGACACUCGAAGAGUGUUGACCCAAAUCGACAGUUCUGCGGCCGUUGCAGGGGGAGCCUGGAGCAGAUCAAGCCGGUACCGAGGGCUGUGGUGCGGAGGAGGCCCGUUGUCAAGGCUAUGGUCGAGGAGAAGGAGAUUGUGGCCAUUGAUCCUUGA